AUGGCCAAGCCCACCAACCCUCCUCCAGCACCCACCAAGCCCUGGCUCAAACUCGUCCUCACCCUCCUCGUCCUCGCCGCGCUCGUGUACGUCGCGAGGUUGGUGGUCGUCGGGAUCCAGGAGGCGAUGCAGUCCACCAAACAAGCGCUGGAGAAACAGGGCGUUUCAGUCUCGAAAGACGGAGUGGCGGUCAAGACGGAGAAGCGGGCUUUGACGCAGGAAGAGACGGAGGAGAGGUUGCAGCGCGGCUUGAUGAAAGGCUGGAAAAACAGCCAGUUCAACGUCCCCUGGAUGCUCGCCAAGACCACUGGCUUGGGCGGGUCGAGGCACGAUAAGAACAAGGACGAGUGGGAGAAGAAGUAUGGACCGAAGCAGAAACGUCGUGUCGACUAG